GCGUAAAAAUAUCAACAUCAAAGAAAGGAAACAUCCUCCCUACAAUCUGUUGUAACAUUAUUGGAUGUUUCUAGUGAAAAAUUCUAAUAUUUAGUAUUUCGAACAGGAAAUUAAAAGAAAUGUGUUGUUUGGAAAACGUACAGCUAGAUAGAAAUGUCCUGCCAAUGGCUAAAAGUGUUUAGGAAAUAGAAACUAAACCCAUUACCAUUGCGUAUAUUUUUCCAUUGAGAAAAAAAAACUUGAAAAACUGGUCUACAAAACCACAAUGAAAUUGAUAUACUGGGUUGGAGUUGUCGGAACUGUUAUUAUUGCGGUUUCUCUGUACUGGCCAAUAUUUUUCUACAUUUUCCUAUUUGUGCUCUACUCGCUUAUACUGGUGGCUUUGGCUAUUUUUGGAACCAUUUAUGUGCACUAUAAACUAACGGCCAAAGAAACCACACCCGUUGUAAGGGAUCUGCCCUCGAACGUUCUGUACAACGCAACCAGAUCACAGUUAUUUGACCCACCGUCGCCACCUAAAACUGCCGCCAACUUACCGAUCAUUUUUGGCCGAACGGUCGACAGUUUGCUGCAGCAAAUCAUCGGCAAUGCGAUGCGGGAUGUGGUUGGUCCCGCACUCGGCGAAGUGGUUGCCAAUCCGCGACGCAUCGUGGAUCUGCUCAAAGAGGACAUAUGGCUCGGCAUUGAGAAGCUUCACGAGCGGGCCUCGCGUAUUGAUGCGCCAAAAAUGAUCGCCUGUGAUUUUGUGAUCAAGGCCACGGUUCAUUUGGAAAAGAUUAGAAUUGCGCAGGCACGUGCCGCUGAAUUGGGUACCGAUCCUGUUUUCGGAACGUCAUCCUACCUGACAACACCGGAGAAGGAGCUGGAGUUUCUGAAGAAAAUCUGUGAGAUUUUGAUCAUCUUCUUGCUUCCCCGGGGAUAUUCACUUUCGCCAAUUAAGGACCUGCUGAGUGAGGUUAUCUCAUUUAAGGUACUUUUUCCGGUUAUCAAAUUGGUCACUUCGCCGGAUUUCAUAAACCAGCAGAUUGUGGAAUGUAUCGAAACGAAGCUGGUGACGGUGGCGAUCCACAGGCGUAGCUUUGAGUACGCCGCGAAUUUCGAAGAUUUUCUGAAGAUAAUAAACAGCAGUCAAACCACAAACGAAUUGCAUUCCAUUAGAGGUAGCAUUGUGAGUGAUAUAAUGCAAGCCACAACGGUACAGAAUCUACAGAGGACAAGGGGUUUUGAUAGCGAUUUCAGCGUGAACAAGAUGAGCAGCAGUGGAUGCAGCCUAGGCGGUGGCGGUGAUUCGGAAAACGGACCAACCCGGGCAGAGGUGACCGCUUCGCUGAAGCUCAAAAAAUACAUCCAGCAGUUGUCGUUUGCCAAGAACCAGUGCGAGAAAUGUUUAUCCCGCCUCGGAUGGGACGGGAAUGUGAGUAACGAUAUGGAUUUGUCGAUACUCGAUAUCCUGUCGACGGUAGCCGGCCGACGCCACUUCACCGUCUUCCUCGAGCCAAUGCGGGCUGCCUCGUUGGUGGGAUUUUACACGACGGUUGAAGAGUUGAAGCACGCUCCGAAAGGCUCGUGGCAUCAGCUUGGUGCGGAGAUUUUCUACACCUACAUACGAUGUCCGAAUUCGGAGAUUCCAGUAGAUAAAGCAACCCGCAAGAAGAUGGAGUCCUUCCUGGUGGGUGAUAGUGGCCCGGAAGUCUUCUAUGAAGUGCAGCGUGAGUGUUUGGUGACAAUGGAGGACAAGUACUACCAACCGUUUCUGCUGAGUGAAGAAUACGCGCGGCUGAAAAAUUCACUAACCCAGGACGAUCUCAAAGAAAUUACUUUGAAUACUUACAUCUCCACUAGUGCGGAUAGCCAGGAUGAGACCGCUUCGAAUGCGUCCUCGGCCAGUGGGGACGUAGAUCCAUUGAUUAUGGAUCUGAGUAAUCAUUCCACAUAUGCGCGGAAUAAGUUAGAACAAUUGGAUGAAAAGUUGUCGAAUAAAAACCAAGCUCUGGAAGCUCUCAAGCAAUCUCUCAAACCGGAUUCGAAGCUUUUGCAGAUGCUUGAAAAAGAGAUUGACUGGUUGAGGGGUGAAAAGCGGCAGCUUGAAUCGCACCUUCUAAGGACGGAGGUUUGGGGAGAAUAUCUUGGCAAGUGGCGAGCAAUUGUGGAGAGUGUUGAUUUGUCCGAUGAUAAAGAGCCCCAACCGCAGUUCAUGAUUGUUGUUCAGGUGGAUGAGAUGAACGAUUGCGGUAAGGAAGAUGUUGCGACCGCGAUGGAUGCAGCGGACAGCAUUUCAACCGGAUGGGUUGUCUUGCGGACAUUGGCGCAAUUUCACGAACUGCACAAAAAGCUGAGACCGAUGUGCGCCGAACUGAAAACGAUUGACCUUCCCGCAAAUAACUUGCUAAAACUGUUCCUAUUCAAAAACGAUAAGACACUGCUGGAGAAAACGAAAGAGCAGGUUCAGAAAUAUCUCAGCUUCGUUCUUGAAGAUGAGCACUUGCACCAAAGUGAAGCACUGUACGAAUUUCUCAGUCCAAGCUCGGAACGGUUGAAGCAAGGCACAACUCCAUCGCCUUCGAAAAAACAAUCCAAGUUCUCGCUGGCAACAUUGUUCAAGCACAACAGUGAAAAGCUGGACCAAUUUUGGGGCCCACAUUUCCGGUUCAACACGGCUGACUUCGUAGAUGAUGAUCAAGUAUCGAUGUAUCUCGAGGGCUCGAGCGGAGAAAACGGGUCCUCCAAGUCACAAGUCGACUUGGAAGCGAAAGAUUCCAUCGCUGAGCCUCUGUAUGCUUUGCUCGGGGAAAUUUUCGACAUGGGCGGUGUGUUCAAAUGGUUACGACGCAGUCUGAUAACCUUCGUGCAGAUAACCUACGGCCAGACAAUCAAUCGACAAAUUCGAGAAUCCAUCAAUUACCUAUUUGAGGAAACGAUGCUCCACACGUACGCCUCGACCGUACUGAAAGUCCUCUGGCCGGGUGGAGUGUUCACAAUCAAAAACAUCGAUCGCAGCGAGGAUCAACAAGAAAUGACCGCGAUUGCAGCAAAAUCACUGCUGCUCGACAACAUCCCCGAUCUACUGUGCAAUAUUAUCGGUGCGCAAAACGCCCGGACGGGCAUUCUGAAGCUGUUUGACGUCGUUCAGAAUCCCAUCUACAACAAGCAGCUGUUCUACGAUCUGCUGGAGAUCAUAAUGCUCGAGUUGUUCCCCGAGAUUCGACAGCUGAAGGUCCCACCGAGCGUGACAGCCGUUGCGGUUGUUGGCGGGUCGACUUCGUCCGCAACAUCGACGCCAACCCACGGUGGCCAUGUGCCCAUUGGGGGUCUCAGCACGAUGGGGGGAUCCACUCAUUCUACACCCACCAGAUUCAUAUCAAGGAACUAGAAGCGUAUCACACAGUGGAGAUAUGUUUAGCCACCGAGGAAAACCAAGGAAACGAGGGAUCCCGUGUCAAGCUUAUGAAGAAAUUUAGUGUGUAUGUUUGGAUUGGGGUUUUCUAACGAAAUUUUCUGUUGACAUUCCUGGAGAUUAUGAGGAUGGGAAAGGGUAAAUCAAUGUAUUCCUCAUUGGAACUAUCGUUUGUGUAGGUCACAAACACGUGUGAUUAAUAUUAAUACUUAACUGUGAAAACUACGUUUAAUGUAGAUGAGCUGGGUUGAUCUCAUAUUUAGUAAACUAAAUAUAAUUAGCGGGAAAU